ACCGCCAAGUUGCUGCCCUGAGGGCUUUGCCAAGAUGGCGGCCGAGGGGCCGCCGCUGACAUGGGAUAUUCCACCAAAAAAUGGCCAAGAAGUAUUUUUCUCCCAUGAACUUUAUGAAAAAUAUUCCUUGUCUCUGAGCCUCUCUGAACUCUGGCAUUUAUCAAACAGAGAGGCAAAGAAAAAUGUGGAGGCAUUGGCAAACUCUUCAGAAAACAGACAGGCUUGUAGCAUGCAGGCUGCAGAGUCACUUGAGGGGGAGGCUGAAAGCCCAGCUGAUGAGCAUCCUCUCCCAGAACCCAGACUCCCCUAUCCAUUCACCUCUUGUUUGACUGAGAAGGAGCAGAAGACUUACUUGUAUCUGAUGACUAAGUUCUCAAAAAUAAGAAACCAUUUCCAAGUUAAUGAAGCAAGCCAAAGGGAAUUUUUCACAUAUAUGCAAAUGAAAGAAGUAGUAAACAAUGAAAUUGCAGAAUUUAUGAAAUUUGCCCAAAACGCUGCAAAGAGCUGUGCCCAAGAUUAUGAUGCCAUUUCUGAAGAUGCCCUGCGUUAUACUGAGGAAUUGCUACAUGCAUGUAUUGGACAUGUGCAGAACUAUCCAGAGUUUUACACCCUGCAGGAGAUCAUGAGUAUCAUGGGAGGAAAGUUUUAUACACAGCUGACCUUUAAGCUGGAAAAAAAUCUUCUUGCAAUGGGUACAGCAAGACGUGUUGAAACAGAUUUCCAUUCCAUGCCUGUUCAGCUGCCCACUGAUUAUAGCACUGUUGCAUCUAUUAUAACCCCAGAAAAAAAGGCUUGUGUUAUGCAUAAUAAUAUUAGUUCAGAUUCAAAUGCAGAAAAACUUGCUUUGAAAUAUUGUCCUCAAGUUGUUUUAAGUAAUCAGGCAUUAUUUACUCUACUGAAUAAUCAUGGACUGAACUACAAGGAACAGUGGGAAAUUCCAGUUUGUGUUAAAAUGGUCACUGUUGCAGGUAGCAAACCAGCUAAAGUGGUUUAUGUUGAUCCACCUCUGCUAAGAAAAGAAAUGACAGUACGAGAGAGGAAUCAAAUGUUCCAUGAAGUUCCAAUGGAUUUCCUAGCAACUAAAACGUCUUAUGUUCCAAUUUCUGAUGUAUCAAUGGACAAACCAACUGAGGACAACCUGUUUCAGUGGGAUGUGUGUUCUGACACCUACCAGUGCAGGACAGUUCCUCCUCCAGAUGACACAGGGAUGGACUUCGAUGAUGAUCUUACAGAGCUUGAAACUUUCGGAGCAACGACCAAGCUCUCAAGAACCUGUAAAAUGGAAACUACUUUUCCUGCAGCUACUAACACUGCUAAAAUUUUAUCUCAUGGUCUAAAAAUUGAGGAGAAGAAUUCAUCUACCAUAAACAAAGGAGAUGAAGAUGAGAAAAACACCCUUUCUGAGCAAGAAGGUUCAGCAUGUGCCAGUAUGCAGCUUCCAUCAUUAGAUGGCACGCCAUGCUUCAGCUCUCAAGAACAUUCUCCUUGUAAAAGCUUUCAGUCAGCAGAGGUAGGACUGAGCAAAGCACUGGAUGUCACGACCAAUGAAUUAUUGGACAAUGAAACAAAAUUAAAUCCUGUAUCUGUUGCAGUGAGUUCUGAGAACGAGCCUGAUGCUGCACAGGAAAAAGAGACUUACACUUCUUCAUGUGGUAGUGACACAGAUGAAGAGCGUUUGGUGAUUGAUUCAGAAUGUGAAACCACUGCUUCUUGCAAGUCAGCAGAGACUGCCAGAUCUCCUUGCCCUAUCCAGAGUCCUUUAGCAAGCGUCAGUGGCUGCUCAGAUACCAUGGAUCAGGGGAAAAAAGCCUCCAAGAAACUUCCAAGAAAGUUAUCCAAAGAAUUGGAUCCCGUUGGGCAGAUUUUGAAAAUGCAAGCUGAACUUCUCAAGUCCCCUUCCCAAAAAGCUCAUGAGCCAGUGGUGAGCUCUGAUAAUUCUAAUGCUGUGCCAGCCCAGCUGCCUCAGUCUCCAAAAACAUUGGUGACGUCCAACACAGAAACUGUGCCAGCCCCAGCCUCCAAUCCCCCCGGCUCCUCUAGGAAUACCUGGACGUGGCUUUUUGAGAGCAUGCCAAAGACAAAGCUGCCAAGUGAACUUCAGCUGCUUGAGGAAGACCCUUCAGAGUAUCAAGCACCUGAGGAAGGCAAUGUUGUGUACAAGCUAUUCAGUUUGAAUGAUCUGUUGUUACUCGUGCGUUGCAGUGUGCAGAAAGUCAAGUCACUGACACAGUACCAGAAAAGGAAAAAAGCCCAAAAGCCAACUCCCAUAUUCCUGUUGCCAAAACUAGAGUACCAAACCUAUUAUGGUGUUGAAGCUCUUACAGAAAGUGAAGUGUGCCAGCUAUGGACACAGAGUAUGCUGCAUUCUAAAUCUUUAUUUUAUAUUGGACAUAUUGAUGCUUUUACAUCAAAGCUUAUUAUGCUAGAAAAGAUUACUCCAGCAAUUUUAAGAGAAAAACUUGGAUUGAUUAAACCUGCAAAUUCGUUAAAUAUACUUCAUCAUAUUUUGAAGAAGGUGUCUGAUUUGGAGGAGGGAUCUUAUUUAUUGACUCACGCUGCAGGAGAUUCUUCAGUUGCAAUUCACAAGAGUUCUCUUGACAAGAGCACGAGAUCAUCCUAUAACUUGCACAAAGCUCACUGUGAUCUGCCUGCUGUACCUGCCACUCUCUCAGUCCCAUGGGUUCCCCUGGAUCCCAGCCUCCCUUUGCCCUACCACAUCAUUCAUGGAAGAGUUCCGUGCACCUUUCCACCUGCGCCCUGGGAAGGGUGGAAACAGAAGCAUUCUUUCAAGAUGUCCACUGUUCAUGAAAUUUUAAGUAAGCUCAGCCUUGAAGGAGAUCAUUCUCUCCCUCCAAGUGCCUAUGCCACAGUGAAGGCCUACUCAAACUUCGACGCUGACCGGGACGCUGCUGCCCUCGAAACGGCCAUCAAGACCAAAGGUGUGGAUGAGGUCACCAUCAUCAACAUCCUGACAAACCGCAGCAAUGAACAGAGGCAGGACAUUGCUUUUGCCUAUCAGAGGAGAACCAAAAAGGAACUUUCUGCAGCACUCAAGUCUGCUCUCUCAGGUCAUUUGGAGGCAGUGAUCUUGGGCUUGCUGAAGACACCAGCACAGUACGAUGCCUCUGAAUUGAAAGCUGCCAUGAAGGGGCUGGGAACUGAUGAGGACACACUCAUUGAAAUCAUCUGCUCCCGAACAAACCAGGAGCUCAGUGAAAUCAACAGAGUCUACAGGGAAAUGUACAAGACAGAACUGGAAAAGGACAUUAUAUCAGACACAUCUGGUGACUUCCGCAAGCUGAUGGUUGCCCUGGCCAAGGGCAAAAGGUGUGAAGAUACCUCUGUGAUUGAUUAUGAGCUGAUUGACCAAGAUGCCAGGGACCUCUAUGAUGCUGGUGUGAAGAGAAAGGGAACUGAUGUCCCCAAGUGGAUCAACAUUAUGACUGAAAGAAGUGUUCCCCACCUGCAGAAAGUGUUUGACAGGUACAAGAGCUACAGCCCAUAUGAUAUGUUGGAGAGUAUCAAGAAGGAGGUUAAGGGAGAUCUGGAGAAUGCCUUCCUUAAUCUUGUCCAGUGCAUUCAGAACAAGCAGCUGUAUUUUGCAGACAGACUGUAUGAUUCCAUGAAGGGCAAGGGAACCCGGGACAAGGUCCUGAUCAGGAUUAUGGUAUCCCGCUGCGAGGUUGACAUGCUGAAAAUCAAGAGUGAAUUCAAGAGGAAAUAUGGAAAAUCCCUCUACUAUUUCAUCCAGCAAGACACAAAAGGGGAUUACCAGAGGGCACUGCUGAACCUGUGUGGUGGAGAGGACUGAAAACUGUGAUGGAAGAAACCCAAGUCCAAAGAAAUGCCUUUUUUGCUCUUCAUUUUACUGUAAUCCUAGAAAACCUGAAUUUCCUAGCUACCCUUGACUUGACUUGCACUUUCCCUGCCAGAGCCCUGCUGCAGUUUGCUCCCCUGCGCUGUGCAUGCCCCUCUUGGCAGCUGUGCUUGGUUCUGCCAAAGGUCCUAACAGUGUAUAGCCAGAGACACUAACCCUCCAGGGAGAAAUGGGCUCACAGGUGCUUGUGAAAAGCUCUGCCUCUCUGUGCAAUGUUUCUAAUAAAACAAAUAAAAAUGACGUUUUACUUUA